AUGACCCAGAACAAUGCCUGCUGCUGCUCUCAUAUCGUUCCCCUCUGCUAUACCUCCAGUGGCUGGAGCCAGAAGUCUUGGACACCCCUCUACCUUCAGUUUCACCAGGCCCAGCACCCCUGCCACUGCCAGCCCCCUGUCCUCAGCCAUCUGCCCCACCAGGGCCAGUCUCCUGAAUUUAGUCCCUUAUUCCGUCUCCAUCCCACCUUUAGUUUUGCAGAGGCCACGCCCCCUCCCGCUCCUAGCGCCUGCGCACUGUGCAUUCCAUGGGCGCAGUCGCAAACAAGUUGCGAGGCGGCGUUCGAGCUCCAUAGUAACGAUGUCCUCGGGCAUGGGCUAGUAGUAGGUGCUGCUGGGAUGGAGAAUGCCCCUCGGGUCUGGUUGUGGCGAAAUCGGGACUACGGCUCCCAGUUCUUUCCUCCCUUUUCCCUUCUCCUCUUCUUCUUGCUUCUCCAAAAGCCCCCUUCAAUUGGAUAUUCCUAUUCUGAACGGCUCUCAAGACAGGCCACUGGGAAUACAGACAUAGUGAAAAUAGUAGGAUCAACAAAUGCUCCAGUCAAAAUAUAUGUCAAGGUGAAUCACGUCAGUCCUCAUUUACUAUGCAUAGACAAAAGGCUGCGCAAUUUAGAGUUGAUAGACCCAGUUUUCCACUGGAUUGGACCAAGUGGUAAAACUGUCUCAGAAAACUCCUAUCUAAAAAUAACAACAACAGGAAGCCUUAUAUUCUAUAACUUCAAAAAAGAUAUGAGUGGAGUUUAUACUUGCUCCCUUUCAUAUAAACUUACAGUAGAAGACAUGGAAAAAACUGUUCAACUAGAAUACACUAUAUAUGCUUAUAUAGCUUCUAAUUUUUACUACGAGUUCACAGCUCGAUAUCAUUCUGCACCAUGCAAUAAUAUUUAUAAUACAGCUUUUGAGAAGAAGUUGCUUCAGAUUUUGAGUAAAUUAAUUGCAGAUCUUUCCUGUGAAGUAACAUUAGUCAAGUCUGAAUGUCAUCAUGUUAAAAUGCAGAGAGCUGGUAUACAAAACGAAUUGUUCUUCACAUUUUCAGUUAUCGCCAUAGAAAAGGGAACAAAAGGAACUGGUGCAUGCACAGAUUCUUCUUGUGAUUCUUCUAACAGACUAAAUAAGGCUAAAAGUCUCAUCAAGAGGUUUUUUGUCCAUCAAGUAGAAGUUCUGGGAAAGCGUUCAGAGCCACUUCCUGAGAUAUACUUUAUUGAAGGUACUCUGCAAAUGGUGGGGAUUGAUCGUUGCAAUCCAGGAUAUGGAAUAAAUGCUUUGAUGCAUCCAGAUUGCCCUGAAUGUUGUGUGAUCUGUACCCCUGGAACCUAUAACCCACACAUUGGAAUUCACUGCCUUCAGUGCAACAGGAGCCACACAUUUGGAGCAACAAAAUGCUAAAGUACCAUUAUUUUAUGCUUCUUAACACUUUAAUAAAUUUUAAAAGUUAAAAUAUAUCCAGUACUUUGCAUAAGUAAAAUACGUUUAUUAAAAAAAGAAUGUGAGUCAUCAUUUUAAUCAAGUGUUUCAAUAUGGAAAUGCAAAUUCUCUACUAAGACUGUAAAGGGCAAAGUUCCCAAUUUAUUAAUAUAAUUUAUUUAUUUUAGACUUAAGGGUAAAAUGUAUCCACACCAUGUCCCGCAUCACUGUGAUUCAAAAAUAUACUAGAAUAUGUUAUAUUCUCCAUUUAUCCCUUUCAUGAAAAUAAACUAAAAAGAUUUAAAAAUUUUGGCACAAAAACAUUGUGAAUGAAAAAUGAAUUGUAAUUCAGAAGAUCUGAAUUUUUGUCCUGGUACUGCCACCUAUUGACUGUGUGAACUUUGGGCAAAUUCCUGCAUCUUUCUG